CUCACUCAGUAUGUCGCACGUUUAGAAAACUAAUACCCAUCGUUUCAUCUUCCGGUUCUUAGCUUUUGUGAACCUUUCAUCGUCGGAGCUCUCAGCCUCUCAUCGUCGGAGCUCUCAGCCUCUCAUCGUCGACAGAUCUCACUUUGGGCUCAUCGUCAAAGCUAUCAUUCAAUUUCAAACGAGAGGAAAAUGAGUAUGAUAUCUCAAAAUGCAGUGUCUAGAAACAGAGUGAAGGCUAAAAGGGAUGAUGAAGUGCUCUCAAAUCAUGGAGAUAGCAAAGAUCCGGAGAAUGGGUUGGAAUCUGAUUCCAAAAUCUUAAAGUUGAAAAAGAGAAAGAAAGAAAAAGAAAACCAGAUUGAGCAUGAGCAGGAGAAAGAAAUGAAAAAGCUUGAGAAUUUCCUUUUUGGAUCUAUUUAUUCCCCUGUUGAAUUUGGGAAAGAGGCUGAGGAAAACGCACAAGCUGUCAUUGCUGAAGAUGGUUCUGCCUUGUUCUUUUUGGACAAUUCUCCGAACGAUGUGGAAUUGUCCAAGGAAAGUGAUAACGAGGAGAAGAUUGGUAACAGGAGGAAAGUGGUUUGGGUGGAUGAGGAGGAGGAAAGAACUGCGAUAAACAUAGCUAAGGUUAAUAGGUUGAGGAAGCUGAGGAAGGAAGACGGUGAGAGUGUGAUUUCUGGUUCUGAGUAUGUUUCGCGAUUGAGGGCUCAACAUGCUAAGCUGAACCCUGGAACAGAGUGGGCCGAUCUAGAUUCAGGGUUAAGGAAUGAUCGUAGUUAUGAUAACGAAUCAUCUGAUGAAGAAAAGGGUGUAGUGCCUGCCUCUGGUUAUGGAAAUGGUGAAGUUGUUGAUGAUAUUCUUAGAACAAAUGAAGAUCUGGUGGUUAAGAGUAGGGUUAAAUUGUUGCCAGGGCUUCUUGAGUACUCAAGACUAGUGGAUGCAAAUGUUGAGGAAUCUUCCAACGGUCCAAUAAAUUCAGUUCAGUUCCAUAGGAAUGCUCAGUUACUUCUUGCUGCUGGAUUGGAUCGGAGGAUCAGGUUUUUCCAGAUUGAUGGUAAACGGAAUACCAAAAUACAAAGUGUUUUUCUUGAAGAUUGUCCUGUUCGUAAAGCAUCUUUCUUACCUGAUGGUUCCAAGGUCAUUAUAGCAGGAAGGAGGAAGUUCUUCUACUGUUUUGAUUUGGUGAAAGCAAAAGUCGAUAAGAUAGGGCCAUUGGUUGGUAGGGAGGAAAAAAGCUUGGAAGUUUUUGAGAUUUCCCGGGAUUCUAGUACGAUUGCAUUUUUGGGGAAUGAAGGCUAUAUAUUGUUGGUUUCAUCCAAAACAAAGGAACUGAUUGGAACACUUAAGAUGAAUGGAACAGUCCGCUCUCUAGCUUUCGCUGAUGAUGGGAAUCAAUUAUUGAGCUCCGGUGGCGAUGGAGAGGUCUACCAUUGGGACUUGAGAACAAGAACAUGCUUCCAUAAGGCUGUCGAUGAAGGCUGCAUUAAUGGUACGGCUCUUUGUACAUCACCAAAUGGAAGAAUGUUUGCAGCUGGUUCCGACAGUGGGAUAGUGAACAUAUACAACAGGGAUGAAUUUUUGGGAGGCAAAAGAAAACCGAUCAAGACUGUUGAGAAUUUGACCACCAAAGUCGAUUUUAUGAAGUUCAAUAGUGAUGCUCAAAUACUGGCCAUCUGUUCUACCAUGAAGAAAAACAGUUUAAAACUGAUGCAUGUACCAUCAUUUACAGUAUACUCUAAUUGGCCUCCACUGAAUAAGAACUUACAUUAUCCUCGCUGUCUGGAUUUCAGUCCUGGUGGCGGUUUCAUGGCAGUUGGAAAUGCUGCUGGCAAAGUGCUAUUAUACAAGUUGCAUCAUUACAAUCAUGCCUAGAGUGGAUCUUCACCUCUCUAAUUCAUUUGAAGCAUCGUGUAGUCUUGUAAGGUGAGUGCAUUCUGCUGCAAUAUUAGUUUCACCCUUUCGCGAUAUCAUUCAAAAGGUACCGCCAUAUCCGAUGGCUGAACAACAUUUUCCUUUUUUGAUGUUUUGGUUUUUUCCAUUUAGCUUCGAUUUUGGAUACAAUAGCUUAAAACAGGUU